CUUAAAAUAUCGAACGUCAUGGAUAAAUAUCGGCUGGGAAGAAAGGAGGACAGAGGACGGGAGUGGAGGCGUAACGAUAGGAGAAAAUCUAGAAGUAGGAGUAGGAGUCCAUCAAGGAACACAGAUUACAAGGACUCCGAGAAGAAGCGGGAACAAGAUUGCGUUGAUAGGAGCAUCCGCGACAAAGGUAGGGAGAAGCUUUCAGUACUGGCGAAGCUGGGGAUUCGGUUGGACCUUCCAGAACGCACUUCGCAGAAGGUGCUCUGGUCCAAGUCGACGGGGAACAACUGGGUGGACGCCAAGUUCGGUGACGGUAGGACGACAGCUAAGUUUCAACGGCUGAUGGGUAUGAAGGAGUCCGUUCCAGAGGUCGCCGGAGGGAGCUGUCUGAAGAAGCAAGAAGUACUGUUCAAGAAGAUGGAAGCUGAGUACGAAACUGCCAGGAUGGUGACUCACACCCAGAGGCGGGCAGGUCUCGGAUUCUCCAAGGCAGUCUGAUCUAGGUGGAGUACGUCGAUUAAUCGAAUAGGUAGUUACUGAGUAAUGCUAUUAUUUCAUGUUCGAAUAUUGAAAUAUAAUAAUUUA